AUGUCAGCGAAAUCCAUUCACGAGGCCGACGGCAAGGCCCUGCUCGCACACUUUCUGUCCAAGGCGCCCGUGUGGGCCGAGCAGCAGCCCAUCAACACGUUUGAAAUGGGCACACCCAAGCUGGCGUCUCUGACGUUCGAGGACGGCGUGGCCCCCGAGCAGAUCUUCGCCGCCGCUGAAAAGACCUACCCCUGGCUGCUGGAGUCCGGCGCCAAGUUUGUGGCCAAGCCCGACCAGCUCAUCAAGCGACGAGGCAAGGCCGGCCUGCUGGUACUCAACAAGUCGUGGGAGGAGUGCAAGCCCUGGAUCGCCGAGCGGGCCGCCAAGCCCAUCAACGUGGAGGGCAUUGACGGAGUGCUGCGAACGUUCCUGGUCGAGCCCUUUGUGCCCCACGACCAGAAGCACGAGUACUACAUCAACAUCCACUCCGUGCGAGAGGGCGACUGGAUCCUCUUCUACCACGAGGGAGGAGUCGACGUCGGCGACGUGGACGCCAAGGCCGCCAAGAUCCUCAUCCCCGUUGACAUUGAGAACGAGUACCCCUCCAACGCCACGCUCACCAAGGAGCUGCUGGCACACGUGCCCGAGGACCAGCACCAGACCCUGCUCGACUUCAUCAACCGGCUCUACGCCGUCUACGUCGAUCUGCAGUUUACGUAUCUGGAGAUCAACCCCCUGGUCGUGAUCCCCACCGCCCAGGGCGUCGAGGUCCACUACCUGGAUCUUGCCGGCAAGCUCGACCAGACCGCAGAGUUUGAGUGCGGCCCCAAGUGGGCUGCUGCGCGGUCCCCCGCCGCUCUGGGCCAGGUCGUCACCAUUGACGCCGGCUCCACCAAGGUGUCCAUCGACGCCGGCCCCGCCAUGGUCUUCCCCGCUCCUUUCGGUCGAGAGCUGUCCAAGGAGGAGGCGUACAUUGCGGAGCUCGAUUCCAAGACCGGAGCUUCUCUGAAGCUGACUGUUCUCAAUGCCAAGGGCCGAAUCUGGACCCUUGUGGCUGGUGGAGGAGCCUCCGUCGUCUACGCCGACGCCAUUGCGUCUGCCGGCUUUGCUGACGAGCUCGCCAACUACGGCGAGUACUCUGGCGCUCCCAACGAGACCCAGACCUACGAGUACGCCAAAACCGUACUGGAUCUCAUGACCCGGGGCGACGCUCACCCCGAGGGCAAGGUACUGUUCAUUGGCGGAGGAAUCGCCAACUUCACCCAGGUUGGAUCCACCUUCAAGGGCAUCAUCCGGGCCUUCCGGGACUACCAGUCUUCUCUGCACAACCACAAGGUGAAGAUUUACGUGCGACGAGGCGGUCCCAACUGGCAGGAGGGUCUGCGGUUGAUCAAGUCGGCUGGCGACGAGCUGAAUCUGCCCAUGGAGAUUUACGGCCCCGACAUGCACGUGUCGGGUAUUGUUCCUUUGGCUCUGCUUGGAAAGCGGCCCAAGAAUGUCAAGCCUUUUGGCACCGGACCUUCUACUGAGGCUUCCACUCCUCUCGGAGUUUAA